AUGGCAGCUAAAUUAAAAAAAAAAAAAAAAAAAAAAAAAACCUUCAAAGAACAAUGUAUAAAUGGCGAGACACUGCAGGUGAAUAGGGCAUUUUUAGACAGCAAAAAGAAAAAUGAAGCAGUAACAUCUACAACAACAUCUACAUCUCACUCACUGACCACUGAAUCAACAUCUCAACCAACAACACCACCAUCUACACCUCAAUCAACAACACCUGCUCAAACAUCAACAUCUGACUCAACAACAACCAUGGUAAACAUCUACAGUUCCAGCAACAUCAGCAACAACCCUUGCACCAACAUCCACGUCAGCUACAACAACAUCUACAUCUCACUCACCAACCACUGA